AUGGACCUCUACAACCUUACAACGGUGACUCAGUUUAUUCUCAUUGGACUCUCUGACCUUCCUGAAGUGCGGUACCCGCUCUUUGUGGCAUUUCUAGUCAUCUAUCAGAUCACCUUGGUGGGUAACGGGGCCAUUCUCCUGGCCAUUACUAUAGAGCCAAAGCUUCACACUCCCAUGUACUUCCUUUUGGCAAAUCUGUCCCUGUUAGACAUAUUUUGUCCUUCAGCUACAGUUCCCAAGAUGCUCCGGAACCUUUUGACAGAGGACCACAGCAUUUCUUUUGUUGGGUGUGCUUUACAGCUUUAUUUCCUGGUGGCCCUAGCUGGGACUGAGGUCUUCCUGCUUGCUGUCAUGGCUUAUGACCGGUAUGUGGCGAUAUGUUUUCCCCUUCGCUACACCCUCAUCAUGACCCAGGUUCGAUGUGUGCAGUUGCUGACUGGGACCUGGACAGCUGGUUUCCUCAACUCCCUUCUCCACACAAUGACCACCUUCAGCCUGUCUUUCUGCAAGUCGAAUCGAGUUGACCAGUACUACUGUGAUAUUCCGCCAGUGGUGGCCCUGUCUUGUUCUUCCACUUACAUGGCAGAAAUGCUUGUUUUAGUGGUAGGUGGCAUCUUGGGUAUUAGUGCCUUCCUGGUCACCUUGAUCUCUUAUACUUACAUCAUCUCCACCAUCCUGAAGAUCCGGUCAGCCGAAGGGAAGCGCAAAGCGUUCUCCACGUGUGCCUCCCACCUCACUGUGGUUUGCUUAUUCUAUGGGACAACCAUCUUUACCUACAUCCGCCCCUCCUCCAGUAAACAUUCUCCUGCCAGAGACAGACUCGUUUCCAUGUUAUAUGGGGUAAUUACUCCAAUGUUAAACCCCAUCAUCUACAGCCUGAGAAACACAGAAGUCAAAGGAGCUCUCAGAAGACUUCUUUUCAGUAAAAGAUUUGCAGCCCCAACAUAA